AUGUUAGUUAAAUUAAUUGAUAAAUGCCAAAAACAAAAUCUAAAAGAAAUUAAUGAAGCAACUUGGUUGCAGAUGUUAUAUCCUCAGAUAGAUGCUGCAGUUGCAGACUUUGCUCAACUAAUCCCACAGAACACCUCUAAUUCACUCUCACAACUUAUCGGGUCAGACGAAUCACGAAAACCGGAUUAUACUGUUUUAUGUAUCACAAAAGAUAAUCCUUCUCUUGAAUUCGUAGCAUUGUUCUUAGAAGGUGCAAAGCCAGUAAAGAAAGAUGAAUUAGGAGACAGAAAAAGUCAAUUGGAUAAAGAACGUCUUCAGUCGAUAAUCAAACUAUAUUUUGAUUACAUUUUGGCUCGCAUUCAAUCUAAUUAUGGGGAAUUUUUAACAAGAGAACUUUCAAAGGAAAUAUUAGCUAUUCCUCUUAUUACAAUGCAGGCAACUGGAACUGAACUAAUCAUAAGCAUAAGCGAUCAGCAAGCACUUCCUCUAAUAAGGAGUUCCAUUUUAGCAAGGGUAACUAUUCCUUAUUAUAAGGGUGUAAAUGCGGAAGAAAG